AUGACCAGAUCAAACACAGGGGUUUCCUGCCGCCAGGUAUAUAGGAGCGGUAUCGGAGUUGGACUCACGGAAUGGGUUUUGUCCCCCCCUCCUCUUCAGGUGUUGCAGAGCACCAUGGCUGAACAACUCCUUCCCCAGGCUUUGUAUUUGAGCAACAUGCGGAAAGCUGUGAAGAUACGAGAGAGAACUCCAGAAGAUAUAUUUAAGCCUACCAACGGGAUCAUUCACCAUUUCAAAUCCAUGCACCGGUACACGCUGGAAAUGUUCAGAACUUGCCAGUUUUGUCCCCAGUUUCGGGAGAUCAUCCACAAAGCGCUCAUUGACAGAACCAUCCAGGCCUCCCUCGAAAGCCAGAAGAAGCUGAACUGGUGUCGAGAAGUCAGGAAGCUGGUGGCCCUGAAGACGAACGGCGAUGGAAACUGCCUCAUGCACGCUGCUUCCCAGUACAUGUGGGGUGUUCAGGACACAGACUUGGUCCUGAGGAAGGCACUCUUCAGCACUCUCAAGGAGACAGAUACGCGCAACUUUAAAUUCCGCUGGCAGCUGGAGUCUCUUAAGUCUCAGGAGUUUGUGGAAACGGGGCUUUGCUACGACACUCGGAAUUGGACCGAUGAGUGGGACAGCCUCGUCAAAAUGGCAUCCACAGACACACCCAUGGCCCGAGGUGGACUUCAGUAUAACUCACUGGAAGAAAUACACAUCUUUGUCCUUUGCAACAUACUCAGAAGGCCGAUCAUUGUCAUUUCAGACAAAAUGCUGAGAAGUCUGGAAUCGGGUUCCAAUUUCGCUCCUUUGAAGGUGGGCGGGAUUUACCUGCCUCUCCACUGGCCGGCCCAAGAAUGCUACCGAUACCCCAUCAUUCUCGGCUACGACAGCCAGCACUUUGUACCCCUGGUGACCCUGAAGGACAGCGGCCCUGAAAUCCGAGCUGUUCCACUUGUUAACAGAGAGCGAGGAAGAUUUGAAGACUUAAAAGUUCACUUUUUGACCGAUCCUGAAAAUGAGAUGAAGGAAAAGCUCUUGAAAGAGUACUUGAUGGUGAUCGAAAUCCCUGUCCAAGGCUGGGACCACGGCACCACCCAUUUGAUCAAUGCUGCAAAGCUGGAUGAAGCUAACUUACCAAAAGAAAUAAACUUGGUAGAUGAUUACUUUGAACUCGUCCAGCACGAGUACAAGAAGUGGCAGGAGAACAGUGAGCAAGAGCGGAGAGAGGCGCAUGCUCAGAACCCUUUGGAACCUUCCGUGCCCCAGCUCUCCCUCAUGGACGUAAAAUGUGAAACGCCCAACUGUCCUUUCUUCAUGUCCGUGAACACCCAGCCUUUGUGCCACGAGUGCUCCGAGAGGCGGCAAAACAACCACACCAAGUCCUCAAAGCUGCACUCCAAGCCGGGCCCCGAGGGGCUCCCAGGCGUGGCGGCCGGGGCCUCGCGGGGUGAGGCCUACGAGCCCGGGGGCUGGAGCCCCGAGGAGCCGACCGGGGGGCCUCAUUCGGCCCCUCCGACGGCGCCCAGCCUUUUCCUGUUCAGCGAGACCACCGCCAUGAAAUGCAGGAGCCCCGGCUGCCCUUUCACGCUGAACGUGCAGCACAACGGAUUCUGUGAGCGGUGCCACCAGGCCCGGCAGCUUAACGCGGGCCACACCUCGGACAGCAUGAGGCACUUAGACCCCGGGAAGUGCCGAGCCUGCCUGCAGGAUGUCACCAGGACGUUUAAUGGAAUCUGCAGUACUUGCUUCAAAAGGACUACGGCAGAGCCCUCCUCGGGCCUCAGCUCCAGCGUCCCUCCUUCCUGUCACCAGAGGUCCAAGUCGGACCCCUCGCAGCUCAUCCAGAGUCUCUCCCCACAUUCUUGCCGCAGAGCUGGGACCGAGGCUCCCUCUGGCUGCCUCUCUCAGGCCCCACGGACUCCAGGGGACAGGACAGGGACGAGCAAGUGCAGAAAAGCCGGCUGCAUGUAUUUCGGGACUCCAGAAAACAAAGGCUUCUGUACGCUGUGUUUCAUCGAGUACAGAGAAAACAAACAUUUCGUCGCCGCUUCCACGAAGGCCAGUCCCACGGCCCCCAGGUUCCAGAAUGCCGUCCCCUGCCUGGGGAGGGAAUGCGGCACCCUCGGAAGCACCGUGUUCGAAGGGUACUGCCAGAAGUGUUUCAUCGAAGCGCAGACCCAGAGAUUUCACGAGGCGAAAAGGACUGAAGAGCACCUGAGAUCGAGCCAGCGCAGAGACGUGCCUCGGACCACGCCGAGCGCCUCGAGGCCCAAGUGCGCCCGGGCCUCCUGCAAGAACAUCCUGGCCUGCCGCAGCGAGGAGCUCUGCAUGGAGUGCCAGCACCUCAGCCAGCGAGCGGGCCCGACGCCGCACCGGGGCGAGCCGGCCCCCGAGGAGCCGCCCAAGCAGCGCUGCCGCGCCCCCGCCUGCGACCACUUCGGCAACGCCAAGUGUAACGGCUACUGCAACGAGUGCUUCCAGUUCAAGCAGCUGUACGGCUGA